AUGGAAGGCGGGUCGCUCGUUUGGAGCGAGUCGCUGGAGAAGGACUUCGACAAGGCGUUCGUCUCCUUGGACCUGCUCCUCGGCGAAAUCGACUCUGACCAGGUGAGAAGGCUGUCUGGAGAGCGCCGUGCUCAGAGGCUGCAGGUGGAGAUCACCUACGAAGGGCGGCAGAAAAUGACGACGCUCAGUGGCUGCUUCGCCCAGAUGAUGCACAAGACUCAGGCGCUGCAGCACACCAUCGCCAAGCAGGACAAGGUCUGUUCUUUUCUCUCUCGAGCGCGUCCGUUGUACUUGUGUACUUCCAGGACCUCAACCUAGAAUAUCAAAGAGUUUCUCUCUCUCCUUCAGUUUGAAAGGAAAGUUCGAGCUUGGAUCAAUAAAACUGAAAAACGCGUUAAAAAUUUUUUGUAUGCUUGGACAUUCGUAACGCGGAACGGACCUUUCUGGGCAGCUCUAGGGAUCACUUAAGAGUGUUGACGCUACUAAAGUGGUCACUAGAAAUGCCCAGAGACGUCCGGAGCCCGUCGGUUGUACUUGUGUGCUUCCAGGAUCUCUACCUAAAAGGUCAAAGAAUAUAUUAUGAAAUUUACAACCCCCCGCCAGUGUUACUGCAGAACUUUAAUAUUUCCCAGGAGAUGUCGCACCUUCGGAGAGAGUUGGCCGAGUCGCGCGGCCUGCAGAUCGCCGUGGAAAAGCAAAUGGAACAGCUGAUGCUGCAGGUACACAGUCUCCAGUGUCAACUCCACGCCAAAACUGCCCCGCACGAGUCCGACAUGAUCAAGAAGAAGCUGGUGAGAACCGUUGAGAACUAUCACUAAGGAACUCCAGAGUGGUUCCUAUAGGGACAACUUUAGGAGCUCUUGGAGGGUCCGCUCUAGGGACCACUUUACCAACCCCUCUAGGGGGCCCUAAACCUUGCAUGCUAGGAUAAUUGUUAUAAACUCUAGGUGAAUAAGCAUUUCCAUGGGAAUAACUGAAUAAAUAUAAGUUUUCAAAAAUGAAAGACCCCUAUAGGGUCCACUUAAGCUUUAGGGGCUAAAGAGUCAGACCCUAAACCCUUACACGGACCACUUUUUCGGUAUUUAUAGGUACUGUCUUUCCCACGAGUGCUCUUACCCGAGAAACUGAGUGAUUUUUUUUCCCUUCAAAUAGAACUUGAAGACGUUCCAACACAAAAAUCUAUAGGAACAAAAAUACCGAUUUUCAUACCUAUUCACAUUUUCAUACCUAUUCACAGGAAGGCCAGCUGACGCAGUUUCGAAACGAUUUGAUGCCGGCGCUGCGAACCGAAUGCGAGUUGGAAAUUACCAGAAAAGAUUGUGAAAGGUCUUUCUUCUUACAAGUUUUCUCGAAAAAUAGUUUUUCUCUGUAAAUUGAGAUUUUCAUAAAAUUCAACCAAGUUGCUCUUUCCUCGGCAUCUAAAUUUUUUUAUCGAUCUUACUCACUGGACUUAUAAUCGUUAAGUUUUCAUAGGAAAAGUCGGAAAAGGCUCCAUAGAAAUGUUCCUUUUAGGAUGAGAAAGGCUCCUUUUUUGCUGCAUUUUUUCUGCCUUUCUGCGACAUUUUUUGAGCCUCACCCUUUUUGCGGCAAUUAUCCACCAUUCCGACUUUGCCCGAGUUGUUGCCAAAUUUUUCAAGACUCAAAAUCACGAUAACUAUUUUUGAGCGAUGAUUUACCGAAAGUUCGUUGUUAUUUUGAGGAAUCACAGAAAAGUUUCUUUGAUAAAACUAAAAAUAAAGUUUUCAGACAGAAAAAGACUAUAUCGGCGUUGGAGACGGAAGUUUUUGGAGCAAGGCUGGCGGCGAAAUAUCUUGACAAGGUAUCUUUUUGAAACUUUAUUCCUAUUCGGUUUUACUUAGAAGUAUCUUUUUUUCGAGAAAUCAGGAAAAAACCUGCCAGAAGCCUUGCAGACGCCUGCUGGAAGGCUUCUGUCAGCCAUUUCUUAUUUUUUACCUUUUGUACCUUCUAUGACCUUGUAGCUUCCAUAAACCUUAUAACCUCCUGCUGGUUACCUUCCCAACACCUUUGCAGAAUUCGCCUGAGUAGUAAUCAGCACUUCUUCAGGAGCUCGCGGGACGGAUCCAACAAAUCCAGUUGCUAGGUCGCAACAUGCGAGGCGUGGAGCAUGACCGACUCUGGAACCAACUCGAAGCGGAGAUCCACCUGCAUCGCCACAAAACGGUGAUCCGCGCGUGUCGCGGCCGCGGCACGACCAAAGGCCUCGGAGCGCCGCUGCGACACGACUACAAGACUCUGCGGAGACGGAACGGCGUCGGCAAGCCUCGCAAGGUGACGCUGCCCAAGCAGCCUCACGAAGGCCUCGGCAUCUCCAUCACGGCGAGUCCUUUUUCGAGACGGAUCAACCGCAAGUUUGCAGGGAGGGUCCGAACAUGCGCUGCCCAUCGUCAUUUCGGAAAUCCAACCUGGUCAACCUGCCGAUCGCUGCGGACAGGUUUGUUCUUUCGAAGUUGCUCUAUACUUAGGAGUUCCAUAGGGGCCGAAAAAGUGGUUCCUAUAGGGUUAAAUUAAGGUCUCUGUAGGGGUUGAGAGUGUGACCCCUUAGCACCUAAACCACAAGUGGACCCUAUAGGAGACUUUCAACUUCAUUCAAAAAACGCUGAUUUAUUCAUUUUUCCCAUGGAAAUGCUUCUCAGCUUAGAGUUCAUAACAGUUAUCGACUAGAACGCCCCCUAUAGGGACCACUUUCCCAAGCUUUAGUGAGCCCUAUAAGAGUUACUAUAGUAGCCCUAGAGGGGACUCUUUGGGCCCUAUGGUUGCCCCUUUAGGAGAUCUUAAAGUUGAAGUCGACUCUGUGAAAAAAAAAACCCUAUGAAAAAAGUGCGCAGACAAGCUUAACUUCUUUCAAAAAUGUGACGGCUGAGGAAAGGAUUCCUAUGCCUUUUGUGACUCAUUAUUUCAUUUUUCAAGGUUUUCGUCGGCGACGCAAUCCUUUCCGUCAAUGGCUACGAUCUGAGGAGCGUGAAACAUCAAGAAGCUGUAGAUAUUCUGAGUGGACAAGUUGGUGAACAGAAGUUCCAUAUCACACAGUUUUCUGCAGCAAGGAGAUCUCGACUUGGAGUUGGUUUUUGUUUGUCCGGACGAGGACAGCGACGACGACGGGACAGUGAUGAUCGAGCACUGCGACGGAGCUUUGUGAGCCGCCUUUUUAAUUUUUGUAGCGUAUUUUGGUGCAUACACAGUCUCAGGUAAAAAUCCUUCUCAAUUUAAAAACAUUUAUGCCGUGUUCAAAGUAAUUUCCGCGAAAUGCAAAAUACCCGUUAGAGAAAGGAAAAGAUCACUAAAUUUUGGAGAGUCAGAGAUCAUUUUGCAUUUCGCGGAAAUUACUUUGAACACGGCAUUAUAUUUCUCAAAAGGGUCCAAAAAAGAUGGAUGAAGGUCGAUGAAAGGACGGAAAAAGGCAGUAAAAAGGAAACCGUUGCCACCCGUUUAGGAGAAUCUUAUAAAAGCCUUUUGAUCCCAAGGGGCCCGUAAAGGGUCCUGUCUAUUCACGGGAAUUUUUUUUCACCUCCAAGCAACUUUUUUCAGAUACAACCUGUACAAUAACAUCGUGGAGGAGCCGUCUUCCAGCCGAUCGUCGACGGUAUCGCAACCAAACUCUGAAGAGACGAAGAGCACUUGA